CGACGACGCCAUUUUUAGCUUCACUACUUCAUUGUAAAACUCCAUUAACAAAUCUUCAAAUCAAAGGUUGAAGAAAAAAAAAAUUAAAUUUAAUCUAUUGUAAUGAAGAAAUUCACUCUAUGGUGAUUAACAAUAUGAAAGAAUUCAAUUAAAAGGAUGAUGAACGAAUUCAAGAGAAAGAAAAUAAAAUAGAGAGAAAAAUAGAGGAGAGAGAAAAUAAAAGAGAGAAAAAUCAGAAAUUAAGAAAGUAGAGGAGGAAAGAGAAUAGAGAUAAUAUUUUAAUUGGUGGUUCACAUAGAACUAUAUGCACCAUGGUGCAUUUUAUAAUUUGCCCACUUUUGAUACAUCCGAGUAUAGAAUAAACAUAUCGCGUCCAAUCUUCAUAAACAUAUCCCGUCCAAUCUUCAAAAGCCCAAUAAUCAACUAUGGGCUCGAAAAAAAGCCAUCAAAUAAUGGUAGUAUGAAAAAACCGCUCUAAAUUUCCCUCCCUCUUUCUUCGUUUAUUUCCCUCCUCCUCCAAAUUUCCCCAAUUCUAUUUCGCUUUCUCUCACUAAAUUCUCUACUUUUGCAUUCUCCCUCCUUUCGCAGGUUUUAAACUUGGUGUUGAGGCUCUUACUGUUGCAGUGCAUCUUCAGCUUUGAGAGAAAUGCAAUGAGUGCGGUAAACAUCACAAAUGUCGCUAUCUUGGAUAAUCCAGCACCGUUUCUCAGCCCAUUUCGAUUCGAGAUUUCAUAUGAGUGCUUGGUUCCACUUAAAGAUGAUCUGGAAUGGAAACUAAUCUAUGUAGGAUCAGCUGAAGAUGAGACAUAUGACCAACUCUUGGAAAGUGUUCUUGUAGGACCUGUCAAUGCUGGAAACUUUCGCUUUGUUCUUCAGGCUGACCCUCCAGAUCCUUCAAAAAUUUGUGAAGCGGAUAUAAUUGGUGUCACAGUGUUACUAUUGACAUGCUCAUACAUGGGGCAGGAAUUUAUUAGAGUAGGAUAUUAUGUGAACAAUGAUUAUGAUGAUGAGCAGCUGAGGGAAGAGCCACCUCAGAAGGUUUUGAUUGACAGAGUUCAGAGGAAUAUUUUAGCUGAUAAGCCAAGAGUCACAAAGUUUCCUAUCAAUUUUCAGCCAGAGAAUAGUGAGCACGUAGACCAACCUGAGCAUGUAGACCAACCUGCAGAAUCUCUUGAUCAUGCUACAGAAAACAAUGAGCAAGAACAAUUGCCACCGCCAUCAGUUGAUAAUCAGUCUGAGUAGCUGUAGCAGUUUCUGAAAAUGAAAGUAGUUGCUUAGUUCUGACCAAGCCACACUGAUAGUUAGGUGCAAUGACUAAUUAUGACGACAUUAUGCUUGAAGUGAAUGUGAAAUGACAUAGGUCAACAUAGAGUGCUGAAUGUGCUGUACAAACUGCUGAUAUAUGAUGUUUUUGAGUGCUCUAGAAUGAAGGUCAUUGCGGAUUUCACCCGAACCAAAUAUGAGAAGUUAUGCUUUUCACUCAGCUGUGUUAAGCUUGUGUCUGUGUAUCUUGGUGAUGUUAGCAAAUUGUGAAUAUGUGUUUUGGUGGUCACUUUUGAUCUUGCGCAGCAAAACUAUUGAUGAUUGUUUAGCUUCUACUGUUCCUGUUAAAACUAUAAGUCUAUAAGUAUGUUUUUGAAAUCUCCGCGCAAAUGUUCAUGCUUAUGCGUCUUGUCUGUGCAUGAGUGGAUCUGUUGCGGAGCAGGGUAUGCUGAUUACCAGCAAAAGUUAUGACUUGUCUAUGCUGAUAAGUGAACUCCAAAUUGAUGAAAAAUUGUGGUUUUGGACGUGUUUCACA